AUGGGCAAACCAGACGAGGACAUGGCCAAGACCGGGCCAACCCAUCUCCAAGAAUCCGCAUCGGCCAUAUCCCUGCAAACCCAGGAGCAAGAUGGAAGCGGAUCCUCGACGAUGGCUCACCUCCCUCCUCCCCCCCCUGCACCGACGGACCGGUACUUUGACGACGACGCGGCCGACGUAGGCGGCGGCGACGACGACGACCUGCCCCCUUUAUAUUCUGACCUCGAACACGGCCUCGCAGCAGAGCAGACGGUGGUGGACCCUCUGCUCCCGGCAGGCGUGGGCCCCCUGGCCGUGGCGCCGUUCAGCCGAGACGAGACGACGGGCACGGAAUACUACGUCGACCGUCGCCUGGACACGGACGCCAUCUUCCUGGCGUCGCACGUGCGGCAUCUGGCCAUGCUGCCGCCGCGGCCGUUUGUCCACCUGCGCGGCACGCACACGGAGACGAAGCGCAAGUCGGACAGCAAGACGGAGCAGCAGCAGGUGAUCGAUUUUGACGUGCGGGUCGAGCUGACGGACCUCCUGUACGCCGACCUGUCCGCGCGCACCCCGCAGCGGCGCCAGGUGCUCGCCGCGGGGACCAUGGAGAAGGUGCGUCGGGGCACCGUCUUCCCCACCCGCGCCCAGGGCUUCGGCGGCAAGGGGUACAGGGCCGAGGACCGCAGCCCCGAGUCCGACCUGCUGGACGACUGGUGCCGGCACUUCUGCUCGUCCAAGGCCGGGCUCAAGACCUUCUCGGUGGAGCGCCGCGUCGUCGGCUUCGACUUCGACGCCCUCCGCCCGAAGCUGGAGUCGCUCGUCCGCCGCACCAACUACCGCGGUUCCCUGACGGUCGACUUCCCCCUCCUCAACUCCCACGCUCACAUCUACAAUGACUGCCGCUCCAACCGCUGGCGCCUGACACGGUGGAUCGUCGUCGUCUUCACCCUGACCCUGCUCAGCCUCCUCACCUGGCCCUGGCUCUUCUUCCGCACCGCCCGCUGGGAGGUCAUCGGCAUCGAGUGGCUGGUCGGCGACGGCGGUACCAGCCCCGGCAGGCGCUCCCAGGCCGAGGAACGCUGGUACAACCUCUGGGCUAGGCCUAUCCAGCGUGCCGUCCUCUCCCGCAGGCAGGGCACCCUCAACCAGGCGGACCUGACGGACAGUCUGGACCCCCAGCCCGAGCAGCGCACCGGGAUGGCUGGGGCUGUGCAGGCUGGCGUUGAGGCCAUGGGCGUCGUCAAUCGGUCUUUUGGCUGGGGAGGAAGUACUUGA